AUGCAAGCGGAUUGUCUUCUGUCAAAGCCUGACAUAUCUGACGAUAACUAUCUUUCAACUGUUUAUCAGUGGAAUGACCAGCAGAGCAGUCAACCCAAUCGUACACACGGAGAAAAUGUACCAAUUCAGUCACAAUUACUUUCAAAGAAGGGAACCUGGAUCAGAAUAACCUUCUAUGUCAUGAAAAGCAUGACUUCCAACUGCCAAUCAGGACAUCUGUCAACAACCAAAUGUGAAGAAUUCGUGGAUAUGUUGUUUGACGGAUACAGCAAAAAUAUGUUGCCAGUUUUAAAAACUCAAGACGCUUUGUUACUAAAUCUAUCCUUGUAUCAUAUGUCUAUAGACCAUCUGGACAUUAAACACAAGAUUGCAAGUGCUCGUAUUAUAUUCGGUGUUGCAUGGAUUGACGAAUACCUAAGAUGGAAUCCUUCAGAAUUGAGAAACACUUCUAAAUUGUCCAUAGAAGCAAAGUCGAUUUGGCUGCCUGAUUUGUUUAUAGGUAAUAAAGAAAACUUGUUGACGUUUAUUAAACCAGAGAACGUGCAAAAAGUUAUUCUGCAUAACAGUGGUCUUGUUGAAGCCUGGCCGUAUCUAAAUGUUGAGGUAGGAGUAGAUUUAGACAUUCAUAAAUAUCCAUUUGACACACAAGUAUGUGAAUUCGAAUUCAGUUCGUGGUUGAACAAUGACCGUGAGUUAGACAUUUUAGACAUUCAGGAAGCCGUGGAAAGUAAUGACUCUUUACAACAAUUCAGUGGGGAACGAAUAUCCCUUACAUUGGCUGUGUUUUUCUCAAUAGUAAACAACUCCCUGCCACAGACAUCUGACGGUGUGCCUGUCAUUGUUGCGUAUAUUGGUUUGCAAAUGAUUGGAAGUGCUCUUAUUUUAUUGUCUUUACGAUCUGUAGUCUAG